AUGUCAACUCGAUAUUUUCCGUCUCGAUACCCCGAUGUUGUCAACAUGAGCGCGGAUGAUGACCAGGAAGUUGGCCGAUGGCCUUCCUUUGAAGGCAGGAAUAGGUGGCCAUCUGAUGCUAGCCACCAAGACCUAGGACGACGAUUGAACGGAAAUGGAUUCAGAUGGGCAGAAGAGUUCGAUGACGAGAUACACAUAGCGGAAACACCAAGGGCGACUGAAGAAGUCCAAUCCGAAAAGUUUGAGGACAUUCUCGUGAAUGGAGUUCGCGGCGAUGGAACGUUUGAUGACGCACCAUAUAAUGCCAUAGAUGAACCUAAUUUGGACAACCCAUUUGCAUUGUUCGAAUCUGUGGAGACGUUAGAUGAAGGGGUGGAAUGCUUUGCUUCCCAGCAUGGUCUUCUAUCGGAGGUUGAUGGCGUGAAGCGGGCAGCUCGCUUUGAGAGAGAUGAUAUGGAGGCUUUCGGCGACCCCGAUUUUCCGGAGGAGGAAAAAAUUGCCUUGCAGGACGAACGAAAAGCUACAUUCUGGCAGCAGACGCGAAGUCUUCGUUCUGCUGUUCUCAUCAUUGGCGGACUAUCAGGUGUCUGCCAGGGAUGGACACAGAGCACGUUAAACGGAACAAAUAUACCCUUGGGAGAAGCCUUCCACCUGGACGUUGCGCCGGGAUCAAGCAACACUAGAGACCAAUUUCUCCUUGGUGCACUAUCUGCUUCUGUAACACUUGCAUCAGGUAUCUUAGGUCUACUCAUUGCCGACCCUAUUCAGAACCACUGGCUGGGAAGACGUGGUGCCGUCGCAAUUUCUGCAGCUAUAAGCAUGGGAGCGACGAUUGGUGCUGUUUGCUCGCGGACUCCAGCGGAGCUCAUUGGCUGCAGAAUGCUGAUCGGGGCUGCGCUUGGGGCCAAAGCAAGUGUGAUCGCACCAUUUUUGGCGGAACUUGCGCCAGUGCAUAUGCGAGGUGCUCUGCUGUCCACAUGGCAAGUUUCAGACGCUCUUGGCAUCUUCCUUGGGGAUGUAUCUUGGAAAGUGGUGGACUCAUUCAACCUGGAGCCUGACACGGCAUGGCGAUUCCUGAGCGCUACCACUCUGAUACCUACCAUUCCCUUAAUGAUAUCUUCCUACAUGAUCCCAGAAAGUUGGAUGUUUUUAAUGAAGACGGGGGAAUAUUCCAAAGCAACCGAGGCGGCUUGCCUCUACCGAAAGUACCCCAUCCAAGGAUUCCGAGAUAUCAUCUCUAGCCAUUUCCAAAUGGAAGCAGAAGGAGAGCUCAUGGAGAUCCGGAAGGUUGCUAAAAAAGGGGAAUCCAAAGGCAAAUGUUCUGAUGAAGAAAGUAAACCUGCUCCAGGGAGGAAUGUUUUUGCGGAUGAGACCAAACCGUUAUCAGAGCGUCUCGCCCACUUUCCGCCAGGAUUGUGUUUGCGCUCCCAACGAGGCCAGAACAACGAAAUUUGUACUCACAGUUACCAUAUGAAAGAGGCGCACUUUUUUCGAAGACUGGCGCAAAUCAUUCAAGACCCUCGCUGUCGCCAUGCUCUCGUAUCUGGAGGAACAAUAAUGUUGACACAGUCACUGUGCGGAAUCAACGCACUCGCUUUCUUUUCUUCCUCUCUUUUGGAUGCUGGAAUCAGUCCUGAAUAUUCUUUGAUUCUGGCCCUUUGCUUUGGCGCAGUGUGCUUUAGCUUUGGACUAUUGACUCCAUUACUCAGUGAUAGACUCGGCAGAACCAAUCUAGUGCUUCUCGGGUUGCCUGUUAUGGCUGUUUUUAUGUUUAUAUUGGCCUCGCUCUUUGAGCUGGACAACAGCGCGAGAACACCCACAAUCAUGCUUUUUACAAUGCUGUUUACUGCUGUGUAUGCGUUCACUGUGGGACCUGCGGCGUUUAGCCUCUCCGCUGAAUCCUUUCCAAGCACCGUUCGCGAGGCAGGCAUGGCUAUGUGUGUUUUUAUCAAUUUAACAUCCCUUGGAAUCCAGCUCCUGAUGUACCCAUUCAUAACAACGCCCAUUGGUUUCACAACGAGUCUUUCCAUAUAUGGCUGCGUCAAUAUAGUUGGCUUUGUCGCAUGCUUCCUGUUUUGUGUUGAUACUAGAGAUCGGACAUUGGAGCAACUGCAAUUUAGCUUUGAUCUGCCGUUGUCGGUGCACUGCGAGUAUCGUAUAUUUUAUGUGCUCCCUGAGGUAUGCAGAAGAUGUCGUAUAUUUGUCGCUCGAAGGAUUCGAAGGAAGGAAGGCGAAGCGGAAGCGGGGGAUGGUGAAAGCAUCGGUAGCGACGGUGGGACCAAAUGGGAACUGAUCCCGUUUUAUCGGUGGGCAAGAAUCCAAGAUCCCAAUCGCCCAUCGGUCUACGCACAACUUCUCAGUGUUGUCCACAGGAUGCUCCCUACCAAAGCACGCCAAUGGAUGAAAGUGGAAAAGGUCGCAGACCGGAGUGACCCGGUGGCCCUAGACUCCCAGUAUACCGUUGGACAGGGAACGAGAGAGUUUUGACCGGCGAUAAUGUGUAAUCUGGACCAUAGGUACAUAAAUGAACAGUCAUGUGUAUUAACUCUGGAUGUGUGCAUCGUUGAAACCCAAACUUGGUGUAGGGCGCUUGUAGUGACGAAGAGGUGAGCGAAGCAUGCGAACAGGUUACUGGCCUAAGCUAGUUGGUUAGCCUUCGUAGGCGAGCACCUGCAU